GAAAUUAUUAUAAUUACUAAAACAGAAUGUUAUAAUUAUUCUAGAAGUUAAUCUCAGUCAGGCUGUUUGAAUAACUCGUCAUAAUCGCACCGGAAAUCCGGUGACUCCGUACACGUUCGCGUUGUCUCUACCCCAAGGGAAUAGAGAACGUAGCAAGCGUUUCUUUCUUUUCUGAACAGGCGCAGUCCAAGAGAACUCGCAAAAGGAGUAAAAGGCUCCUACAUAACCUGUCAAUAUCAAUAAAUUGUAUGAGUCAGAAGGUAGAAAAACCAGUAUUAUCGGGUCAACGGAUCAAGACCAGAAAAAGAGAUGAGAAAGAGAAGUAUGACCCUAACGGGUUCCGCGACGCGCUGGUGCAGGGGCUGGAGCGCGCCGGCGGUGACCUCGACGCGGCUUACAAGUUCCUAGAUUCGGCAGGCUCCAAACUUGACUACCGCCGCUAUGGGGAGGUCAUAUUUGAUGUCCUCAUCGCGGGCGGCUUGCUACUGCCCGGCGGCUCGGUGUCUAUGGACGGCGAGUCGCCCAAGACCAACACAUGCAUCUUCACAGCCAACGACGAUAUGGACAACAUGCGUAACUUCGAACAGGUGUUUGUGAAACUGAUGCGUCGGUACAAAUACCUGGAGAAGAUGUUUGAGGAAGAGAUGAAGAAGGUCCUAGUGUACCUGAAGGGUUUCGAGCCCCCUCAACGUAUCAAGCUGGCGCGAAUGACAGCACUCUGGAUAUGCAACGGAUGCGUGCCGCCGUCAGUGCUUCUGGUGCUGGUGAACGAACACCUGCUGAAGGACAACCUGGCGCUGGACUUCGUCUUGGAGGUGUUCUCCACUGUGAAGCAGGAGCGCGGUGUCGCCUCCCUCGUCACCGCCCUCAAGAGAGGACAGCUGGAAGGCAGGCUGCUGGAGUUCCUGCCCCUCAACCGUCGCAGCGAGGAUGUGCUGGCCUCCUCGUUCGGUUCACGAGGUCUCGCUGAGCUGCUCAAACUACAUCGCGCGCAGGCCUUCCAAGAGGCGCGCCGCCAGCUAACGCAAACCCUACUGGAUGAGUUGGCAGACGAGAAGCCAGUUCGCUAUCUCAUCCAGGAGUUGCGCGAUAUGGCCGCCGCACACGACAUACCCGACUACGAAGUCGUCGCCAUCAUCUGGCAGUGCGUAAUGUCGCGCGGCGAGUGGAAUAAAAAGGAAGAGUUGUUGGCCGAACAGGCGGCCAAACAUCUGAGGCACUACACGCCGCUAUUGGCCGCGUUCGCGCAGUCGGAUAAGUCUGAAAUUGCUUUGCUCACCAAGGUUCAAGAGUACUGUUACGAGAACAUGAGCUUCAUGCGCGCAUUCAGCAAGCUGGUACUGAUGCUGUACAAGACCAAUGUUCUCUCCGAGGAGGUGAUACUGAAGUGGUACCGCGAACCGAACUCCAGCAAGGGCAAGGUGAUGUUCCUCGACCAGAUGAAGAAGUUUGUGGAGUGGCUCCAGAGUGCUGAGGAGGAGUCGGAGAGUGGUGAAGAAGAGGAUUAGUGUAAGAGCAGCGAGUGAGACUGACAAGACACGCCCCCCCGACCGACCACACAGACGGACAGACAGACGCAGCGACGGACACACGGACACGGGGCGGAGCCGCCGACACCCGCGCGCUCGCACUAUAAUAACUAUAUAAUAAUAAUAAUAUAAAUAAUAAUGAUAAUUGUUAAACGGCAGACGAGGCCGCGCGGGCGUUUCUGAAACUGUAUUAUUGUUCAUUUCUAAAGUAACAUGUUGAGGAAAUACAAUAUUUUUUAUUCAAUUUUUUUAGGAAAAUUCCAAUAAAUUGUGGUAACACAC